UUUAUAAAAAUUUUCUAAAUUAAUAAAAAAAAAGGUAAGGCUAUAGUCCUAAUAACGACUCAUUCACUCUGAGUUGACUCACUAAAAAGAGUUGUUAUUCUCAUCUCUAGUCUGGACCAUACGGCAAGGAGCCAUCAUAUAAAAAUAAAAUGAAUAAUAAAUUAUCAAAAGAUAUACAAGACUUUUAAAAAAAUAAAAAAAUAAAACUGUUUUAGAUUUUAAAAAACAUACUUAAACUAAACUUUUUAAGCUUAAACAGCUGUUUUAGGAACUAUCCAUCGACAACGCCUUUUCUUUUAUCCUAAUGUUGCAUCAAAUUUCAAAGCAAUCCUACUUCAAAACUUAUUGCAUUGAGUUCGUGCUACAAAUAGUUAAACAAAAGUUUUCCCAAAGCGCUCUAACCGUGAUUAUCUCAUGUGUAUAAAGUUAGGCGAACAUGAACUCUUUGCGCAACAUUUGAAAAACAAUACACGCUGCCAAUAUGUAGACAACUUUUCGUACAUUUUGUAAAGCAAAUUAUGUUUUGUAAAUUUGUAGAUUGUGAAAUAAUAAAAUUAAAUAUUUUUGAUUUGUCUAAAUUCCUCUUUUCAACAUUCGCGAUUCAUUUCAUUCCCAAAAGUUCAUUCCUGGAAGUAUUUUGGUUCAUUCGUCCAUUCCUGGAAAAGCAUAUUCAUCACCAUUUCCACUAAAAGUGGCUUGCGUAUUAAUGUAUCCUUGCUACCAAAUUAGUAACAAUGGUAAAUACAACAUGCAAUAAACAAAAUUUCCGCUACCUAGACAACGACUAUUUUUCUUUUCAUAAAUCCAGUUCAGUUUCCUGGAAAGCCAAUUUUUCCAGCCCCGUUUCCCGAAUUCCCGUUUGUACCAGCUGGAUUCGAUGCGAAGGUCGCAUUUUUGUUAUGACAGUGUAGUGGCGUUGUACAGAUGCCGGUGUUAUGCAUUUUUCAUUCUCGAAUAAAAUGGCGCUUGCGCCUUGUACACACACGGUGCGCACACCAUCCGUCCGUCAGAACUCACGCUAGCACAAAGAAUCAUUUCACUGAUCCCAAGCCUCCGAUAAGCAACGAUAUGAUGUGAAGGUUAAAAUAUUUCCACAACAAGCGAAACUAUGAAGCUUUCCUGAAAAUUCAACAAAUCUAACCUAGUUCCCUCGGCAACGAUGAAGGAAAAAUAAUGAGUUGCCUUCUGUUUCCGAAGCAUAAUUUUCUGGGAAAAUUUAGACGUUGUUUCUUGAAGAGAGCAAUCAGUUUUUAUCAGUUCCUUUUUUAUUUUACUCGCAGCUAAAAAAGAAUCCAUAUGUCAGUGUUAUUAAAGUUAAAAAUGGUUCAAUUCUGUGCAACUGUAGCUGAAGAUGGACUUCAUAUUUUCAUUCCCAGAAGAUUUGAUUUAUCUUACUCUUUACUUCAUAUCGCUGAUCCUUGUUUGACAAAUAUCCAAUUCAAAGUACAGUAGAAAAAUGAAAAUAAAAAUUCCCUUAAAAACACUGUUUUCCUUCUCCUUGUUGUUUGAUUUCUCUAUCGACAUUCCUUUGCCAAAUAACCGAUAAUGGGAUAAUCUAAUGAGAUGAAAACAAAAGCUCAUCAAGCGAAAACGAAAGAAUGAAUCAAAUUAUCUCUGGCAAAAUAAAACGUUCAUUUUCCAAUGAUUGGAUCGGAGUGCAAAAGGAGUUAAAUUAUGCUUGGUAACUCACAAUGUAUAUUCUCUACAUUUCGCUCCAAACGUGGGAUUGUGUUUUGCUCAAUCACCAGAGUCUGAGAAAGAGUUUCCCAUUUUCCGAAGAGAGAAAAAUAUUUCGAUCCUUCUAACACUCCUGCUGUGCUAAGUGUGUGUUUGUGUGCGUUAGGACAUUCACGACGGAGGUUUGUUUGGAAACAUCGAAAACGCCAAGCAAAACGCCAAGUGGAGAGAGCAAAAGUGACAAACAUUUCCCACGGCAUGCCGGAAAAUAAAUUCCGAGAGAGAGGAAAACAUUCGCGCAGCAGUGUACAGACGAAUCAGUUUCGCAAUAUCUUGCCUCGAGGAAAGUCCUUUGCGAGAACAAAACCGAGUUCUCAUCGUGUCCGACAUCUAGCGCUAACUGUAAUCAAAGAAAUCUCGUCAAAAGACCGGGUUCGGAAUGAAAACAGUCUAAUGUGUUACUGUGGAAGUGUGUUAGAAAAAUUGUUCUAAGAAAACAGUUUUAUUUUGUACUAUUUAAGGUUGCACCAUGCGUUACGAUAGGAAAACAGUGAACAAAGCAUCCAGCAUCCAUACCACAACACAACUUAACCGAUAGCUAUAGCAUCAUCGACGCGCUCAACACUCUGCUCAAAGGACGAUCAAAACCAAUCCCAUGUCAACAUUACCGACGGUGAUGAUGCAGCACAUCCAGCAUCGGUGCGAGUGCAUGUAGUUUAAAAGUGUUAUUUGCUUGUUACGUAUGUGUGGUUGGCAUACAGGCGUACGAACGUAAGAAAACAGCAAAAAAAACAGCACCAAGGAUACGCGAGGCAUGACGUCAUGAUACCGAGAGCUAGUCACCGUAUCUGGCUUAUCGUUUCUUCCUACCUUCUGUUAAAAUGUUGUUUGGGGCACAGAGAGACCUCCGUUGCGUUGAAAUACAACAGCGACAACAACGAGAAAGACACACAACUGUUUCACCAAGCCAGCGCAAGUGCGAAACAUAUUUUCCACCGAAAUUUAGAUAAUAAUCAAUUCUUCAACGAUUUUCAAACGGAUCGUUCCACCAACCAGCGUGCUGCAAUAUCAUUCAAAAUAACUGCUAAGCGAAAAGGAGCGUCAUUUUCCACUCCCAAGUCAAGUGCAGUAAACAGUAGACGUAACAUAAAUGUAGCGUAUAACAAUUUAGAUAACGUUUUACAUACUACCGCCGUGGAACGUCGUGAAGACUUCAAAAGUCCCCGUCGUCAAUCCAACAGCGGAGUUGCUGCCGAUAAAACAGCUCAAAAUCCAUCGCAUUUGCUGCACAUUCCAACGCCCAAUGUACACAAGUUUCCCGUGAACGAUGGAAACGAUCCUUCUCGAAAACGACGCUACCAAAGAUCGACGAAUACAGUCAAGAGUACACAAUACACGAAUAAUGCACCAACUGAUAGCGGUUCUUCACCGCCCACUUUCGUCGAAGCUAAAUCCUUUGUGCGGAACGACAUGUUCUCCUCAACGCAGCUAGAAACGGCGGCAGACAUUUCCAUGCCAGCUACCAAACUCGAACACGCCAACGAUGGAAGCAAAACUAAGGCUGUACAUCCUCACGGUAGACUUCUCAACGAUGACAUCAACAGUGAAGAUAACACACAAAUCCUCCAUACCGAAACAAGCCCAGCUGUGAUCGAUAGUUUAAAAGCGAGUAAUUUAGAUCAACAAAUUAGCCGAAAUCCUCCAGUGGUAGAUACAAAAUUAGAUUCCCUGGUCACACACCAGGGAGUGCAUCCAUCGGGACGCACUGUCACGUUUGACGCACCAAAAAGUGCUCCAACGGGCGAGAUGAAGCCCGGUAGCCAAAGUUUCCCGCCAGCGGAAGCUUCUGGCAAGAUGCAUCCACUUUCACACUUGGCUAGCGAACGAACGAAGGAACGACCAAUUACGGCGUCACAUUCUUCGGUGACAACUGACAGCCACCAUUACGGCGAAGAACAACCUCUAGUGCCACCCGAUGCACCCGGUGAGUCAAGUUUCAUAUUGCUCGAUGACAGUGUCUACAUUACACCGGUACACACCCACCGAAAUGGUACCGGAUCACGCAUCGCCGGUCUUCCACCGGCCGGCACCGAUCUAACGCUCCGUUCCACCGAUGUCCUGUUCGGUGGGCGAAACUUUGACGAACAAAUCAUCUUUCUCAAUGGACCGGAUCUGGUGGAGACAAGUGCCGAACAGGAGUCAGCAGCCGGUCCGGUCGCCACGUCAGACGGUCGGCGACUAAUGGGAAAAGUUGCCCGUGCGAUACCGCCGCACCAAGGGAACGGGAAGCCGGAGGAACCAUUAGCUCUCCCAUUGAGACCAAUCAUUCGCGACCCGGCAGAUGAGCAGCUGGCCGAGGAUAAUGUGGUGGUGGUGUACGCCGAUCAGCACGAAACGGUGCGGCUAAACUGUGAGGUUGACGCCGAUAUUACAACGGGCGUAUGGCUCAAGGACGGACAGAUAGUGCACGCGAUGGACAAGAAGUCACGAACCGCUGAUAUCCGGUUUGUGCGCGAAUCGUUCGGUGCCCUUACGAUCUCGAACGUGAUGCUGGAGGAUGACGGUGUGUGGCAGUGCGAGGCGGAGAAUGCACGCGGAUUCUUUUUCAAUGGACGGCCAAUAAAGCUGAUCGUGCUGGAUCCACCGAAGGUGCCGUAUUUGCUGAUCGAUUCCCGUCGGCUCGAUGCGGGCAACAUGUUCAUCCCGGUGAAGGAAAAUGCCGAACUAACGCUCGCCUGUGUCAGCGAGGGUGGAAAUCCAAGGCCCACCCUUACCUGGGAGGUACUGCUGAGUCCCGGACUCGACAGACACGCACAGAAACUAUCGAACGACGUGCUGGAGCUGCAGGAGAUCAAGAAGGAUAAGGACAAGGAACCGUACAAGAUCAACACCGGUGCCAUAUCGGAGGCACGACUCCCAGCCGUCUACCGGGUGCAUCACAAUGCCCGCAUCCUCUGCAUCAUGGAACAUCCGACGCUGAAAGUACGCCAAAAUGCUUCGAUCCUGCUCGAUGUGCAGUACACACCGUCGUUCGCCAUCACGCGGACGCCCGGUUUUGGGUAUCCACUUCGGGAGGGUAUUGAAGUUUCGCUCAAAUGCGAUGUCGAUUCGAACCCACCCAGUACGCCACUGUGGCAGAAGGAUGACGGUGAUCCACCGGUACCGCAGACGGGCGAUGGAUUUCUCAACUUUAGCUCGAUCCGGCGGGAACAUUCGGGCUGGUACAAGUGUACCUCGAGGCAUCUCAAUUUCCAGUACUCGAGCAUCGGAUAUUAUCUCAGCGUGCGAUACGACCCAGUCGACGUUACAUCGGAACCAGUGGAACAGGAUCUUUCCCUAUCACCAUCAUCCUCAUCAUCGUCAUCAUCUUCAUCUGCUCCGGCGUCAUCUUCUGCCGCCUUUGCACCCAGCAACGGUGCCGGAUCUGCUAUCGGAGGACCCUUCCCCGGUAUCGUACCGAUUGGAACAAACUCCUUCAAGGGUGGUGGCCAAAUGGAAGUCGAACUCGGUGGUUCCGUUACAUUGCAGUGCCCUCAAGGAUCGCUCGGUUGCUGGUCACAUCUGGAUUCGGCAUCGGCACGCCUGAAAGGACUCGGCACGGGCAGUUACGCCCAUACCGGUCAGUUCUCGCUAAAGGACGUUGUCUACCAGGACGCUGGCACGUACAAAUGUGUCGGCUCGAGCUCUGGCAACCGCAAAAAGCUCGAGAUGCAUCCGACGGCAACGCUUGCGGUCAGAGGCGUUCCAAAAGUAACUGCACGCAAUUCAACACCAGCAGCAACGGCAGGAACUCCUUUGCAUCUUUCGGUGGAAUUUUGCUCCAAUCCUCCAGCUCAUGCCGCAAGAUGGCUACAUGGUGAUCGCAUCUAUACACCGGGCAACCAAUACGGUGGAGAAGUUUUCGCAUAUGGUUUUACGGAUUUGCCGACGCAGUACUGCAGGGAGGCACGUCUAACCUACGUGCACAUGCACGAGAAGGUACCGAAGACAUUCUACUUUGUCGUCUCUUCCCUGGGCGGUGUCGCCGAAGCCGUGUUCAAAGUCAACUACACCCAGCGGCACAAACCGAACGGAUCCUUCAGCUCGUCCACGGGCAACGGUGCCGGAUCGCACGGAAACUCAUUUUCAUCUUCCUCGUCGUCAUCUUCCGCGUCAUCCGUUUCGAGCGUAUCGAGUGCCGGCAACAUCAACGGUGGCCUGUCCGGGUACAAAAUCGGUCCGAACACCAUCAACACCGUGCCCGGCAAUGGGCUGGACGAUGACGAGGAGCUGAUGGAACCGGAAGAAAUUCAUUUUCCCAUCUUCGGCACCGGUGGUACCGCAUCGCUAACACUUCCCAUCAUCCAUUCCUUGGUCGCUGCAUCCUUGAGCAUUCUGCUGCACUUUGUCCAUUCUUGGCAUCCACUAGCACCACCGUCUUGGCGGAUCGACACCGUAACACUGCACGGUUCGGUACGAUAGAUGCGCGUUGUUAAUGCAACGGUACGGCUUACUAGUGCCCGGUUCUAAGGUGAUGGCAUAAUCGAAUUUAAGCCGCUCGAAUUCCUCUCGAGAGCGAGAACAAAAUGACCGGAAAUGAUUGAUUAGCGUUCGACCGGAUAUUACAUGUUGUUCAUUUACUUGUUUACGAAUACCCGCGUCUUGCGGUAUAGCCGGGUCGGGUGUAGAGAUAAGUGUCGAGUCAACCGCACACGGACAUUAUACCUAGUUUUAGAAUUUUAAUUUACAUUACAAAAUCAGGGUUUUUGCAUUCAAGUUGCAGAAUUUGAGCUAUUUCUAGAUGCUGUUCAAGUUGAACUAGAAUGUGUCAAAGUAGAUUUCGACAAAUUCCUUUCAUAUUUUUGCAAGCUGAAAUCGGUUCUGAACACACUGCAAACUUUUGAAAUACUAAAUACUAAAUACAAAAUAGUUUCAAAAUUCCAGAUCUACUUGUAUACAUUCUUGUUUAAUUUGUACGGAAUUCAGAAAUUCCUUCAACAACGUCUCUUGAGCACAAAUCUCCCGUACUGAAUAAUGUGCGAAAACAUUUUGUACAUAAACCUAUCCCCCCCAAACACGUUACAAUACAUUGUCCACCCACGAUUAUCCACCCCCCCCCCCCCCUUUUGAUGUAAAACACGAAAGUAGUGGUAAAAAUAAUUGUUGUUCAAUUAAAAUUCCUCGCCAACCGAGGCCGAGGCGUACGCGAACCAUUUGCCGGAAAUGGUGGAAAAACAAAUACAAUACGUCCCCCCCUUCGAUUGUUGGGCGUCAAGUGCCGUGACGCAUUCAAAUUAUUAACGGAGUUAAAUAGAUGGAAAUUAUGUAAAUACUGUUUGUUUCAUGGCUUGCAAUUGAACCGUUUGAUGCAAUGAUGGAACGCUAGCGAUAAGCGAAGGAAAAAGGUUGAGAUGCAGGAGGAUUUUCUACACAUGUAAAAUAAAGUGCGAAAUUUAAUGCAAAUGCAGGGGUGUACAAUGAAAGCACCACAAUUUGUAGAUAAAUAAUUGACAAAAUAAAAACAUGUUUGUUUUCAUGAUCGUUUCGAAAAUUCUGUACGGUUCAUCAAUCUAUCCCUAACGCUUCUAGAUAUUCUUAAUCACACUCUGUCUCACUACUAGCUUAACGUUUCUAUCCGCAAUACUAACUUAUAUAGACAGUGUCAGCUGUUUACUGUCAUAACAACAGUCAAUUUAAAGAUAGUACGAGUAGUAAAACCAUGUGCCACAACUGUAGUCGUAGUGUUAAAACUCAUCGAUGCUGCCAAACAUUUCAUCUGCUUGAUUGUGCUGUUCACUACACAAAAAAAAAACAACAAAACACAAACAACAUUCCCGAUAAUUCGGUUACAUUUAGCAACAAACAUGCUGAUUUUGAACGUUUGAACUAUAAAAUAAUUAUCACACCGAUAACCACCACCUGCCGGAAAAAGCGUUACGUACUUCAACCAAGAACAGACCUUGUAACUGUCGACGCCUUAUCGAUCGCUUCGCCUCGGUUUCCGUUUGCUAAAUCCUUGUGCGAAAGCUACCAUAUGCCGCGACGCAAAAGGACAUCGUUACGGUCGGUAUGUCGCGAAAUUUGUAACCUGCGAAACAUUUUCAUAUUCCUUUCGGCAUUUGAUAUUCCACGCUCUUGCGGAGGAGGGAACCGGGCUCACAGUCGGGUGGGAAGCUAGCCAAAGUGAAAGGUUAUGAAUAAUUGAAGAGUAUGAUAACGAUAUGUAAAACUUUCCGAGGCACCUUCGCCAUGGUCUGCUCAGUCCAAUUGCUGCCAAGUUGUGUAGUUGAAACAGUAUGAAAUAUAUUUCGAAUAUUUUUAACUAUUUAUUGUAUAAAUUUGAACUAACAUUUGAUUUAUUUAUUUAUAUUAAUUCAAGUGUUUAAAUUCUCAACCCUAUUCUUAUUUAAUUCUUUUGUAAGAAAUAUAUUACAAUAUCUAAAAACGAACAAUAUUGUUUGCAAAUCAUACUAAAAUUAUUAAUUAGAAUAUCUUCACCUAAAGCGAACUAAUCUUGAUACUCUUCACCAACCUCUUUUUGUUACGAAGCACAAUUGCUCAAGUUUCCAAUGUUCCAUCAAAAUCAGCAAGCCACGAUUGAAAAAAGUGCCAAAAUUUGUGUAAAAUAAAAAUCAAAAUAACAUUCAUAUAAGUCACUCAAGCCAGACAUGAUGCGCGAAGCAAACAAAUUAUUUUAUUCACUUUUCUGAGGGAAAUAAGACUGCGAAGUGGAUGAAACACCGUUUGCUAAAUGGCACACAGAACAAAUCGGUUUGCAGUGUUUUAAAAAAAGGAGAAUAAAACGAUAAACAAAACCUUAAUUGGAAACAAUGUGUAAUGUUGUUAAAAUACAAUUGAUAAAAAAAACCGUAAACAAAUGUGUUUUAUUAAGUAGUGGAGACGAAAAAACGGUAACGGAAAAAAUGUGAAGAAAAAACUGAAAAAUUAAGUUGUUUUUGUAAAACAUAAUUUGAAAUAAAUAAAAAAAAACCCCAAGCGUACAACCCGACCGAACCGCGAAAAAACAUGUAAGAAUGUUGUACUAUAAGUUGUUGGCGAUAAUACACGUUUAAAUGAACACGAUAAAUAGAAAUCAACCAACUAAACAAAAAGAAAAGUGUGAUUUUAUACAAUGCUGGAUUAAUAAAUAAAAUAUACUUACUGAAGCAAAGCUU